UAUUUGAAAUCUUAGUUUUUGUUGAUAGAUUUUGUGUUUAAAUUCUUUUUCAGGUUUCAUCUAAUGGAGAAGAGCUUCGAUUUCGGUGCGUUGUUGCAGAACCAUGAGAAGAAGCACAAAUACAAACCUACGCAGCUUGUAAGCGUAGCCGGCGGGGUACAGUGUCCAGUUUAAUAUUAAUCAUUAAGUACUCUGUCAUAGCUUAAUAAUCAUGCAUGCGUGCACUCCUGAUUUUCAGGUGAAAAAACGGCUAGAAAACAGCAUUAGAAAUAGAAAAAGUACUCGUCUAUCCGUAUUUGAUAAAAUCAGAAAUCUUCCAAGAACAGAAAGUCCAUUGCCUGUAAAAAAGGUAUUGUCCAAAAUAGAGCACAGGCGGAUGCAAUUGGAAAAAUGGAAGGAAGAAAAGGAGAAGAAGAAAAAAGAGGCUUCAUUACAGAAAAAGAAGCCAUUCAUAGCUGGCGUACCACACAAUCCACUUAAAUUUGUUCCUCCUCCACCACCAAAACCUAUGCCCAGUAUAUCUGGGCGAGUCACAAGAUCACAGUCAUCUAAACAAAACUCAGCCAAUAACAUUUCUAAACAGAAGUGUACUAAAACUGAAACCAAACAAUCUAAAUAUAUGACACAAUCAUUUGCACCAAAAAAUGCUACCUUUAAUCCACCAAUAUUUAAAAAUAUGAUUAAGAUACCCACUUUGGCGACCCACUCACAAAAUGACACGAAAUAUACUUCUAUUGAACAUUCAUUGCCUGCAAAAGCACCUAAGACUGGUAAAUCAAAAUCUAUUGCAAAACAUGAACCCAGAAACUUACGAAGUCGAUCUCAGUUACCUGAAAAAUCAAAUAAGGGUAAAAAAGCAUUAAGCCCAAUAAAAUCUUUUUCAUCAACUUCAAGUUCCAGCUUAGAAUCUAAUUUGGGUGAAAAAUCUCCUUUCAAUAAAACCAAAACUCCGAGAAAGUCUAUACAAAAUAAUAAGAUGUUUACUCCUAAGAACAAGAUUCCUAAAAGCGAGUCUAGUUCAGAAGAGAAACUACGUUCACCCAAGUCAAUGGACUUACCGAUGACACCAGAGCAAAUAGUUGAAGAGGCUAAGAAAAUAAGUCCCUGUGUCACUUUGUCUCGUGGAAAAGAUAAUGCAAGGAAGGAGAUGAAGAAAAAAAUUGUCGAAGGUCUGCUUGAUGAAGAUCAAUGUGAGAUAGACAGCGUGGAUCACUUCAGGAAGCAGCUCGACUCAGAAAUCAAGCGCAUUUCGGAGAUGUGUGAAACCUGGGAUAAGAUACUGGAGCAGAUUGCCCUGCCUGAAGCUGUACAGGAGGCGGUGCUGGGCGCGGUGGGGCAGGCGCGGCUGCUGAUGUCGCAGAAGCUGCAGCAGUUCGCGUCGCUGCUGGCGCGCUGCGAGCGGCCCGAGCCGCACCAGGCGCUCGUCACGCCCACCGACCUGCACGGCUUCUGGGACAUGGUCUUCAUGCAGGUUGAAAAUGUAGACAUGAGAUUCAAAAAACUAGAGGAGAUGCGAGCCCGUGGGUGGGUCGACGAGCAACCCGUCGAGGUUAAAAAGAAGGUAGCGUCCAAACCGGCCGCCAGCCGCAGCAGACCCGCCGCCACCAGCCGCCUGAAGGACAUAAUCGCCGCGGCCCGAAAAGCCAAGAAAGAUCAUAACGUCGACGUGCCGGUCGUUGAAAACACAGCCGAGGAGAGCAAAACGUUCGAAGCUGGCUUUUUCAGCGUCCAGUCGCCCGUAAAGUCUCCCAAGCAAGCGUCCACUCCAGUUAGCAAGCCGAGUCUCUUGAAGGCGGUCUUGUCUAAUGAGGCUAACAAAUCCGCUUCUAAGAAUUCAGCUUCGUUCGCCAUGCUUCGCGCUUCGCUGAUCGGCAAGAAUGUUGAACAAAAUGAGUUGUAUGUGCAGGACCUCGUACCGUUAACACCGAUUAAUUUAGACGCUACGCCGGCCCGAAGCAUCCUUAAAUCGACGAAAAAAUCUGGAAAGAAAUCGAUUAAAGUCGUACUAUUCGAUAAAUCAGAAUCGGAAGCUGUAGACAAGCAAUACUCCUCCGAGAAUGAAGCGGAUAUAACCGGCGUGGAGAAAAUAGAAACAGAUCAGAACGCGGACAGCGGCCUGUCGUCGAUGGACGUAGAGAAGGAAGUGGAAGGCAAGGAGAACAAGUCGUCGAGGAGGAAGUCCAAAUUGAUCCGUCAAGACGCGACCGAGGAUCGCAGCCCCGUGAAGACGAGGAGUAUGCGGAAGAGCAUCCAGACACCGACCGCUGAAAACGAGGAACGGAAGAAGCGAAGUUCCAGAAAGAAGGCACUUCAGGAAGUUGAAAUAAACGUGGAGGAGAUCAAAACGGAGACUCCUAAAAGGUCAUCGAGACGAAAGAGUUCCAGUACGCGAGAUGUUACUGCGUGAUUCAUUACCUGUUUAAUUGAGUUACUAGUAUUGUCUGCGGUCGAAAUGCGUCAUUUUGUUCACAUCUGUGGCAUACUUUUAUUUUAUGAUAAAUACUAUGAAACAACGAUAAUUUUUGGUGUUCAUGUAAUAAGAUUCGACGAAGUACAAUUUUUUUUAUAAAUAUACACUAUAUUUAAAGACACUAACGCUCUGGCGAUUAAUGUAAGUUAAUUUUAUUAACGCUUGUUUAAUAGAAGAUGUUACCAAAUAAAAUAAAAAAAAAACUAGAAGUGUCACGUCAUAAUCAGGAAUAGGUAGGAAUAUAGAUGUUAAAACUGUCAAAAUUGUGAAAAACUUUAGCUAUAGGAUAGAAAUAGCAAAAUCUAGAGUGUAUUGUGUUAAAGUUGAAUUUAAACUCAAGGUUCAUGUUGCAGCGGUCGACAUUGAUUAUUACUCGUCACAAUUGGGGAAGGGAUUUAUUAAUUAAAAAAGUAUAACCGUGCCAUAAGGUUUCGACUGAUCUAACAGUGUAAAUAAGCCUUAAAGUUAAUUGGGUUUACUUUAAAGGAUCUAACAAAGUUACAAUGCAUUGCCUACCGUUUAGCACUGGAUGGACCCAUCGGUUACAAUACGUUGGUGAUUUAAAAUAUGGCAAUUCGUGCUACUUUUAUCUAAGAUACAAUGUUGGCAAAGAAACUCUGAAUCUAUCUUUACAGGAGAUGAUUAUUUCCCAGCCGUGGGAUGUUAUUUUACAAGAUCUGUUGUUACAAGAAAACAUCUGUGACAAAUGAAUUACUUCUUUCUUUACUGUGUUUCAGUUACAAUAUUGUUUUAUUUUAUUUGUAUUAUUAAAAUCGGCAUUGAAUUUUUUUUUAUUUC